UAUGACGUUUCAAUCUGCGAAGAAGUUCUAAAGUCCAUAUUCUCUCGGGAAAACAACGAAUCAAAAAAUAUCUGCUAAAUAAAUAAACACAUAACAUAACAGAAGCACAAAAAAGCGAUAAGGAGAAGAUGCGGAGGUCUCUGAGCGGUGGCAGCGGAGGAGCCGGCGGGAGCAUGCUAAAGAACGUUCACAGAGCCGUCAGGGCUGGCGUUGGGAGCGGCGGCGCUGCUCAAGAGCAACCCGUCUCUCCGUUCAAAACACCGAGAAAACACACUCUGAAUAAUAAUCUGCAGCCCCAUGCUUCAAACAUCUUAACGCUCUCUACCGCCGCUCCUUCAUCGCCGCGUUUUCCUCCGUCCGCCGCCGGGCCUUCCCGCUCUUCGUCGCCGGCGUGCAGUGAGGAAUUGGAAUCUGAGUGGGAAUGCUUGGACGGACGUGAAGAUGAUGAAGAAAUGGGGAACUACUUUUACGAUGAAUAUGUUUUUGGUGCUGUUCCUUCGUUGGACGAGGUUCACCAUGCAUUCUCCUCUCUUCAACAGGUGUUUGAGCCUGCAGCCUCCUCACAUUCCAGGAACAGUAAUACUGCCGCCACCGGGGCACCCAAAGACACGGCGGAGGAAGUUGGUAUUCAGGCUAGCUCGACGCCAUCAGGGUCGUCGGAUUGGAUGGAACCAUCUUUACAUAUCUGUAAUUCAAGAAUGGUGAGGCCUUAUGUCCCAAACAGAGUAUAUGAAGCUUUUCAUCUGAUGCAGACUGAGCCUGCCAUCAAGAGAAUGGUUGUUUCACUGUCAUCUGAUAAAGCUGUUUGGGAUGCUGUUUUGAACAACGAGGCAGUGCAAGAGCUCCGAGAUUCACUCAAGCAAGUGACUGUACCUGACCGGGCUUUCCCAGGGAGCACGUACGAGGAAUCUGUGGCGUCGAAUGGGGAACCAUUCGACAUUUGGAGCUGGAUUUUCAGCAAUGCCAAGGCAAAAAUGAUGGAGAUGAUUGACAAGGUGAUGACGUUUAUAAACGACUUGUUUCAGCCUUCUGAGAGGGAGAAAAAAGCAUCAGAAGGCAACACAGCUCCCUUAGAUCAACACUUCAGGACUUCUUUCUUCCUCUCGAUCCUAGUUUUACUGAUAGUAGUUGUGUCUCGAGCCCACAAGGCAUCAUAAUCAUCAAAAUCUGUCGAAACUACAUGAAAAGGCUAUUCUUUUCAACAACAUUGGAUGCUUCUAUUUUUUUGUACACAGAAUAAAAGAAGUAAUGACAGAACAUAUUUGCGCCUUC